AUGGGGCCCACGCAAGACAGUCGCAUACUGGCCCACGCGGUGCAUAGUCCAGACAUACACUUUUCGGAACCGGUUGACGGGAAAUAUUACUUAGUUGACUCAGGAUUUGCACAUCGACAGGGGUAUAUGGCACCGUACAAGGGGUCGGAUGUACGUUACCACUUCCAAGAAUUUCACGAUCAUGCUGCGCUCGACGUCGAUUUCAUAAUGCACACGAGAGGAUUCCACAGGGCCAAGGAAGUUGACGAUGAAGAAGUCAAGGUUGAGUUACCCGAUGAGGAAGACGAACCUGCAGCAGAAGAGGAUGCCGUUGGGGACGAGAAUGUGUCGUGGACCCAAUUACGAGAUUACAUAGCGUACACCAUACGUUAA